AGGAUAUCUCCUGAAAUCGGCGAUCCAUUGAAAAUGUAUUUUCUUACUCGCCGUGCGCGCGCAUUAACUCUGGGUUACCAAUAGGAGGUAGAUUAACCUAAUUCAUCACAGGUACUGUAUUAUGGAACCGACAUACCCAAAGUAAGCAAGUUUGAGAGUUCAGGGUAUAUGUGAGUUGAAGAUAAUCUUGCUUUCUGGAAUACUCCCCUACUCUAGAUUCGGCGUGCUGAUUUAUUUUUAUGCUUCUCCAGUGCAGUAGGUGGCAGUAGCGCUGCUUUUUACUGUUUAGCAAUCGACAUGAAAAGCGGACGAAAGAGAUGUUAACACAGAAUUAGAUUUUCAAGUUAUUUUUGUUUACUUUCAUAAAGCACACUUAUUAUAUAUAUUUCUGUUGAAAAUGCCACCACACUUGGAGAAAUGUCCGAGGAGCCUAUUAGUAUCUGAAAAGUCCAACUUCUUGAAUGAAGCAUCACGACAUGAAGCGCACGUGUCUAAACACUGGUUCAACUAUAAGAUUUCUUUGCUGAUACCUGAAUGUGAAGUACUGCCUGCUGAUUUCCUAAAGGUUAUCGGUAAUUUCAGCUCAUAUUAUAUUGUUCAGGAUCUACCAGUUUACAGAUUUCUGGAAGAGGACAUGCUUGAAAUAAUUAAGAAAGGCAGUUUUUAUGCACUCUCCUACAAAACCCGACUUGAUGAAGACAAUGUUAUUGCUUGUUUAGGCAGAAAAUUAAUAUUGUCUCUUGAUAAGGACACGUAUGAGCAGCUUGGCCUGGAGGGAAAACCAUCACUAUACAAUCACAGAAAGCCCAUGAGAUACGUUGUAACUGUGGACCUCACCGAUAAAUCGUUGGUGCCUGGUGCAAAGCGAUACCAGCAAGUUCUGCUAAGUUUGAAAGAAAGAGUUUUACUGAGAUGCGACUUUCUUUUAACAGAUAGCCAUUCAGACCAAGAUGGCUAUCUGAAGGCUCUCCUGUCUCAGUACACCUACGAGAAGUGUAGGCCUACUCUUAGUACCCAAAAUCUGACAGAUCUGUUGUGCCCAUCACUUCAGUCCUCAGAUUUUCAGGGAAAGAGUCUUUCAUGUACCCCAGAGCAAUUCCUAGACUGGCUUGGGGCAGUCAACCUGAAUAUCAGUUGUCAAAACUCAGCUACAAGUUUCCUGUCCACAUACGUGUGUCCGGAGCCAUGCAAUUCUGUGAGCCAGGCCCUGCUUUGCACAGUAACUGGACUCAUUCCUCCUGAAGACAUUUCUGCACUUUUACAAGAACUUAGAAAAUAUUUUGAUGAACCAAAGGUCGCAGCUUGGGUCUCGCUCACUGUGCAUGGCUUUGUGGAUAGCCCUGUGUGCUGGGGAACAAACGAACAUGGCUUCCUCAAGGGGGGAGAGAACUUCUACAAUUUUGUUUGCUUCAAGAACCAGGAAUACUGGUUGCACAUGGCUACUGGUGCACAUGAUGGCUGUCCACCUUGAUCAACUGCCCUGUGUUAGAGAAAGGCAUAUUUUCUCUUCUACUUAAUAUUUCUGACAUUAAGAAAUAACUAGAAGACAUUUUGUAUAGAAAUUCUGUUGUAUUUUAAUAUUCAAACUACAAAAAUAGCUAAAUAUUAUUUUGCUAACAGAAUACAUCACUGAUAUGAGAAACAUGUUAUAAAGAGUUAAAUUAAGUGCAGUGCUGCAAACUACAAGUUUUAUUUGUCUAAUGAUUUAAACAAUAUUAUUUGUUCUAUGGGGCAUUCACAUUGCUGCAAGUAAAUCAUUAAUCUUUAAUGCAGAGUAAUGUAGGAGAAGUGCAAAGCAGGCAAUGAGAGCAGGAAAAAGUUUUCUUUUUUAACAUUAUGCAAACAAGAAGCAAAUAGUAUCCAGUGCUGGGCAUGACAAGUUUUCCCUAUGUGUCAUGCUCAGGGUCAUGCCAUGUGAGGAAAUUAGAGCAGUAUUUAACCGAAGGAAAAUUUUUCCAUUUCCUAUAAACUCUGAAAUAGAGAGAGAGAAAAGGAAAAAGAAAUGAAAGGAUGACAAGCCAGUAAACAUUUUCAUGCAAUUUAUGAUGUUCUACUAUAAAUAAGAAUAAUAUAUGAGAAUUAAUUUGAGGUCCAUUUGUUAAAAUCACUAUUUUAAAAUGGAAGAAUAUCCCUAUGUUUUGCAUAGCAGAAACAUUUUUUAGUGUGAAGGUUUUGAAGAUGCCUAAAUUCCAGCUGGUGAACAACAGUAGCAUUUAACUACAUACAAACUAUUAAUAUUUGUUUUUUCAAGGUCGACAAAGGAAGGGUUCACAAGUAAGUGUUUAGACAGGACUACAAAGUUGUGAAAAUAAUGCAAAAAAUAAAAGCUGAUAUUCUGAUUACCAUACACAGAUAAAGUGAAUCAAUUUCACCAUUUAGCAAUGGUGGACAUUAUGGAAGAAUUUCUGUAUUUUUUUUUACUGUAGUGUAUUUUAUAAAAUAUUUUCAGGAAUUUACA